GGGGGCCCGGAUGGAGCCGGCCCCGGUCCUUGUCCCGGUCCCGGCCCCGGUCCCGGCCCCAUGGCACCGCCCGCAGCGCGCCUGGCGCGGCUCUCCCGGGCCGUGUCCUUCAGCGCCUGCCACCGGCUGCACAGUAAGGCACUGAGUGACGAGGAAAACCUGAAGCUGUUUGGGAAAUGCAAUAAUCCGAAUGGCCACGGGCACAACUAUAAAGUUAUAGUCACUGUGCGUGGAGAGAUUGACCCAGUCUCGGGAAUGGUUAUAAACCUGACAGACCUAAAAGAAUAUAUGCAGCAGGAGCCUUUGGUUUGCUGCAUCAUGAGCAAAAUAAUGGCUGACGGCACCGCUCUCUUCCUGCAGCAGGCUAUCAUGGAGCCGCUUGACCACAAAAACCUGGAUAAAGACGUGCCCUACUUUGCCGAGGUUGUGAGCACCACGGAGAACGUGGCGGUGUUCAUCUGGGAAAACCUCAAGAAGCUCCUGCCCAUGGGAACUCUCUACAAAGUCAAAGUGUAUGAAACGGACCAGAACAUCGUUGUUUAUAAGGGAGAAGAAGCAAUCUCUGAGAAGUAAAAUGAACUAAAACUCAGCUGGUCAGGAGCUCUGCUGCCUCAUCACGUCAGUGAUCACUUCAGCCCUGCUCCCUGUGACUCUGAGGUCUAGAUGUCCACUAUCUAUUUCACAAGGACUGAUGUAGAUACUCUACAAGAAUCCUUGCAGCAGUCUAGCAGUCUGGGCUCUCAGAAUUUGUUGAUUUGUCUGCCUUUUCCCAAGACAUUCCUGUUUCAUUAAACUGAAAAGCUGAUGUGAAAUUUGCAAUUGUACCACAUUAAAUAAAGCAGCUUUCUAGCAAGGAGAUGACUUGGCAAAGUGUACAUCCCUAACAACCACCAAAGGCUUUGUUUUUUCUCUAAUUAAACAUCGGAUUCAUUUAUGAUUUUUAAUAA